CCAAACUCGAGGACUACUUCUCCCUCCUCUCUCUCUCUCUUCUCUCUCUCUCUUAUGUUCUGUUCCGUUCUCGCUGGUCGCACUUCGCUUGGGUACCAUAAUUCGCCUCCUCUUCUCUUCCUCAUUCUCUCAACAAAGUCAACUCGUCGUUUGAACAACCAAUUUUGUAGAGUAACCAUCGCAGGCUAUGUCAUUGAUACAAUGGCUUUGGUGAAAUAAGAAAUGCUGAUUUAAUUUAUUUUUGGAAAAGGGAAGGAGCUUAGUUGCAGGACUCGCCUUCUGAGAGUUACGUUUCAGCUCUAGAACUGUGAUUACAUGGUUCAGAUAAAGAAUUGAGGCCUGUGUGAAUAAAUCUGAAGGGCUGAUGUAAUUUUAGCAUUUUCACUUGGCUGUGUUGCUAUAUCACUCAAGCAUGAGGUGUAAACAUAUAUUCGUUUUAUAGAAGCAAUUUGAGCCAGGUUUUCUGGAGUUUGGAUCGAUGAUGGAUUGCAACAAAGAAGAAGCUGUCAGGGCCAAACAGAUUGCGGAGAAUAUGAUGCAACGUAAGGACUUUGUGGAGGCUCGGAAGUUUGUACUUAAGGCCCAACGACUCUAUCCUGAUCUGGAGAACAUUUCCCAGAUGAUUAUGGUUUGUGAUGUACACUGCUCUGCUGAGAACAAGGUUUUUGGAAAUGAAAAGGACUGGUAUGGUAUCCUCAAAAUCGAGCCAACAGCAGAUGAAGCAUCAAUCAAGAAGCAAUACCGGAAGUUUGCUCUUUUGCUUCAUCCUGAUAAGAACAAGUUUCCUGGUGCAACAGAUGCCUUUAAGUUGAUUGGGGAAGCUCAGAGGGUGCUUUUGGAUCGUGAGAAGCGAAUGUUACAUGACAGUAAAUGUAAAGCUUCAAGACCUAUGGCACCUAAUUGGGGCCGACAGCAAGCAAGCAGUAACCCAAAUGUUGUGAAACAACAGCCUUGGGUACAAAACCGUUUUAUGGGCAAGCCUCCUUCGCCGUUCACGAGCUUCACUCCCCAGCAGCAGCAGCCACAUGCACAAACUCAACCGGCAUUCCCCAACAACCGACCGACUUUCUGGACUGUCUGUCCUUUCUGUUCCGUAAGGUAUCAGUUUUAUAGAGAGGUGGUCAACAAACUUCUAUGGUGUCAAAAUUGUAAAAGGUCCUUCACUGGCUAUGAGGCCCAAGCUACAACAUCAGAAACCAACUGGACUCAGCCUGUAUUCCCCAAACAAGAGAACCAAACAAGAGGGUCGGUCCCAAAGAUGGGAACUUCUAAGGUCAACCCGAAAAAAGGAAGCACUUCGAAGGUUAGUAAGAGAAGGAAGCAGGUAUCGGAAUCCAGUGAUGACACUGGAAGUAGCAGUGACUCAGAAGAAGAUAAGGUUGGAAAGAAAAGGAAGCAGGUAGCAGAAUCCAGUGAAAGUUGUGACACUGGAAAUAGCAGCGACUCUGAAGAAGAUAUUGUUAUUGAAGAGGAUGGUGAUGUUCAGGCUAAGCAGAAUUUUGGAUGUUAUGGAGAGUACCCCCGGAGAUCUACUCGGUCUAAACAGAAUAUUUCUUACAAGGAAAAUUUAAGUGACGAUGAAAACUUGAGUGACAAUGAUGACCUUGAGAGACCUUUGAAAAGGGGGAAGUGCAGUGGAUCAUUUCGUGCCAUGGAACAGGAGGCUGAUGACCCAUUAUUGAAAGAAGAGGCACCCAAAAUGAAUGAACCAGAUGGUUAUGGUGUUGAUAUUGAAGGGGAUGUGAAAGAGGUGAAACGGAAAGAAAAUGCCUUCCAUGAAGGGAACUUGCAAAAUGGGAAAGAGGAAACUAAGAAGGUAAAUGGGGAUAAAAAAGCUACAGAGGAUGGCCACAAGGGAACUUCUGCAGCUAAUGGUGAGUCUCCAUUGAAUUCAAUCCCCAAUGUGGCAACAGAUCCAGAAAUUUAUGAAUAUCCUGAUCCAGAUUUCAGCGACUUCGAUAAGGAUAGAAAACAAGAAUGUUUUGCAGUUGGGCAAACCUGGGCUGUUUAUGAUACUCUGGAUGCCAUGCCUAGAUUCUAUGCUCGGAUCAAGAAAGUGUUCUCGCCUGGGUUCAGAUUGAAGAUAACUUGGCUAGAGCCAGACCCAGAUGAUGAGGAUGAAAUUAAAUGGGUUGAAAAGGGUUUGCCAGCUUCAUGUGGUAAUUUCAAGCAUGGAAAUACCGAAAACACUGAAGAUCAUCCUAUGUUCUCACAUUUGAUUCUCUGGGAAAAGGGCAGCCGAAGGGAUACUUACAAGAUACAUCCAAGAAAGGGUGAAACUUGGGCCCUCUUCAAGAAUUGGGACAUAAAAUGGAAUUCUGAUCCAGAAAGUAGGAAGUAUGAAUUUGAGUUUGUGGAAGUCUUGUCAGACUAUACUGAGGGUAUUGGUGUUUCUGUUGCAUACUUGCGUAAGCUGAGAGGCUUUUCAUGUCUUUUCUGUCGGACGGUGAAGGAUGGGACAGAUUCAUUUCAAGUACCUCCUAAUCAACUAUUCAGAUUCUCCCACAGGGUUCCUUCCUUUCAAAUGAGCGGUGAGGAAAGAAAAGAUGUUCCUAGGGGAUCUUUUGAACUAGAUCCUGCUUGCCUGCCUAUGAACAUCGAAGAGAUUGAUGCUCCUCAAGAUUUGAAGGUGGAACCAGUGGCAGUGUCCAAAGAAAAUACAUCUGAGUGCCACAUGAACAAGAAUUCCCAAUUAGAUCCUGAGCACAUCAGUUCUGAUGAUGGUACUGAAGACCCUCAUGAAGCUUUUGAAAUUCCUGAUCCGGAAUUUUACAACUUCGAUGAUGAGAAAUCCGCUGAAAAGUUUGAGACUGGUCAGGUUUGGGCAUUAUACAGCGAUGUGGAUGGCUUGCCAAAGUACUAUGCUCAGAUUAAGAAAAUUGAUAGGCAACCAGAGUUUAAAUUGUGUAUAGCAUGGCUUGCUGCAUGCCCGCCGCCAAAGAACAUAGUUCGGUGGCUUGACAGAGAUAUGCUCAUUUGUUGUGGGAGGUUUAAGCCUAAAAAGGGCUUAUCCAAGGAAUAUACUGAAACUGGUGCUUUUUCUCAUCAGUUAAGAGCAGAACAUACGGAUGAGAAAGAUGUAUAUGCCAUCUUUCCUAAGAAAGGUGAGGUUUGGGCACUAUACAAGAACUGGAAUGCUGGAAUUACAUAUUCUGACUUGUCGAGUUGUGAAUAUGACAUUGUAGAAAUCCUCCAGGAAAAUGAUGUGGAUAUUAAGGUUUUGUUUUUAGAGCCGGUGAAUGGAUUUAAAACAGUUUUCAAGUAUCAGAUGAAAGAAGGAUCGUCUCUCACAAUGAAGUUACCAAAGAAGGAGCUGCUUAGAUUUUCCCAUCAAAUUCCUUUUUUCCGUUUGACAGAAGAGAGAGGUGGCAGCCUGAGAGGGUACUGGGAGCUUGAUCCUGCAGCAUUGCCUGUUGCUUUUUUUUCUUCAAGUUGAUGUGGGAGGACGAUGAAUCUUAUGCCCUCUUGUAAGUUGUACAUACCACAUAUUUAUGCAACACCACAGCUGUCAAGGCAUUCUGCUCGUGGUGGUUGCUCGGUAAAUGUGAUAUUUUGGUGGGAAAAGACAGCACUGGAUAUUCAGAUACCCGAGUGAGUCUUGGCAUGCAUUAAUUCAUCAACUGGUGCUUUCUGAGUUUGGUCAUCAGGAAUCGUUGGCUGGCUGACCAUGAUAGAAGUUGUCCACAUCUGAUGGUUUUUGAUCUCGGGCUAGCUGCAUAAGAAGGUAAAGGUGGUUCUGUCGGUUUCAUGUUUACAUUAUUUUUAUCUAUGUUAAUUUUUUUUUUUUUUUUUUUUAAUUUUUUUUUUUUUUUUUUUUUUUUCUCGAGUGUGAAAUGAAGCUUGGCCAAUUAGGCUGACAAGUUAAUGGUGGGAUGACAUGUGAAAUGACUAUUAUCAUCUAAACUCUAGUCACAACUUAAAUUGGGACUUCUUUAUCUUGUAGAUACUUUUGAUAACCUUUUUUCCCGUUAUCUUCAUGUUUAGUAUCCAAUGUUAGCUUUACUUGGCUUCA